ACACUCUCCCUCUCUUUUUGGUCUUUUGGGUCCGUCCCCUGCCUUGACCCACAAGCAGACUUUUUGAUUCUCCAAGAAGAAGAAGAAGAAUGGACCAAAUCACGAGGACAUAGAGAAGAACAUCGGCAACAAUGGAGCCACCUCGGAGUUGCACCAACUCGAAUGAGCCUUGUGACAUAUGUGGUGAUGUUGGAUUUGAAGAAUUGAUUGCUACUUGCAGUAAAUGCAGUAUAGCUCGUGAACAUGUUUAUUGCAUGUGGGUUAAUCUCAGAUGGAUCCCAGAAGACUGGAUUUGUGAAUCAUGUUUGUCAAACAACAUAGUUUCACCAGAAGCUGGUAGGAAGAAAGACAUUGUAAGAACCAUGCCGUUGGAUCCCCCUGAUGUCGUCUGCAAUGAAAGUAUGCAUACAUCAGGUCCCAGUUCACGGGGGCAGGCUUAUCCUAGAAGGCAAAAGCCCGUAGAAACGGGCAAAGUGAAGUUCAUUCCUACUGAGGAAGUCAUUAGGCUAUCAUCGGGAGCCACUGAAAAACGAAAUCUUUUAAGGUUGAAAUUAUAUCAUAGUGUUCGACCUUCAGGACUUGUGAAGUUUCCUAGGCAUGGUGGUGUGCGUUCAAUGCCUAAUCAACAGACAUCUCAAGCAUUAAAAAAAUUAGAAGAACCAAAGGCUCCAGUUGCUUUCACAAAGGAAUAUGGUCACAAGGAACAACUGGCAGCUACCUCUCCAUCUGCUAAAGUAGUUAAAACUUUUGAAACGAAUGUGGAGAAGGCUAUAAAUAAAGCAUCAUGUGCAUCUUCACUAGCAAAAAAAUGUUCGACUGUUGUCAGUACAGGGAAAGGGGCUCUUAUAGCUGCUACAGAGGAGCUUGUUAUGGAGAAACCAUUGACGGGAGCCCUUAUUCCUGCCAAAGAAGUUGAAACAUCUAAUAUGAAGACAGAGAAUACUAUAAAUAAAGCAUCACGUACACCUUCACCAACAAGACAUUCUUCACCUAUUGUCAAUUCAGAAAAAAUGGCUCUUGUGGAUUUGGAGGAGGAUAUUUCUGGAAAACUACCAAUGGAUCCCCCAAUUGCUAAAGAACAUGAAAAUUCUACAAUGAAGAUAGAGAACAAUGCAAACAGAGGAUCAUGCACAUUUUCACCACUGAUGCAUACUUCUCCAAUUGUCACUUCAGGUGGUAACUUUGAAGCUGUAGCUGAAUAUAAGAACUCUGAUGUUGAAGAAAGAGAUUUGCUGAAUAUUCUACCCAAAUUCAAGCUAUGUUCUGAUAGUCUCCCGUCUCUACAUGUUACUUGGAAGGGAGGCUUUCUUUUAACUGCUACACGUGUUAAAUUUUAUGGUGGAUUCCAGGCUCAACCUCCAUUUACUGUCAGUCGUAAAGCCUUGGAGUUUUCAAAAGGAAUGCCUCAAGUCCUUCAGGUUCAGCUGCUUCCUCGGUGCCAAAUGUGGGCAGACCUCUUCCAGAACGAUUGUCCUGAUCUUAAUGAUAUUGCUCUAUAUUUUUUCCCUGCAGAUAAUAUUGAGAGAUCCAAAGGGAACAUUGCCUGCCUGAUUGAGCUGAUGGAGGUCGAAAGUUCAAUGAUGAGAAGCUGCAUUGAUGGUGUGGAGUUGCUGAUAUUUACAUCAAAGCAGCUGCAUAUGGACUCACAGGCAGAAUGCUUCUUGUGGGGAGUCUUUCGCGUAGUUGAAAACAAUCAGACUCUUGACAAGGUAGGUGAGGAAGAUACUCCAUUCAUUUCUCCUUUGGAAUGUGUAAGCAAUGACCACACGAGCGUGGAGAACAGUGAAGAAGUUGAUAUGGAAAUUGAUAUGGUAGGUGGGAAGGACAUGGGGAGAGUUGAUAUUGUUGUUUCAAAAGAUGCAUCUAGGAGAGAUGUCUCUGCUUUGUGUUCUGGGGAUAUUGACAAAACUAGAGGUGACUUUGCUUUGGAGCUCCCCUUACAAAGCUCAAAUGGGAAGCAUUUCACUGUGGACCAACUUGGCUUUCCUCCAGGCUUUGAGAAGAUUGCAAGAACAGAUUUGAAAGAUACUUCAUGACAGACCAUAGUGACAAAGGAAAAACCUCUUCUGGUUAGUGGGAGAACUUAUAAUUUUUUGGGUAUAGGAAAUAUAGGUCUUAAGGUUGUCUCUCAAGAUUAAUUUGUGAAAAUAGUAAAUAUAGGAAAUAUAGGUCUUGAGCCCAAACCCUAACUCUUUGAAUAGUUCAGUUGGUCCAGCAAUGUAAAGAUCAAGUUAGAAUUGGAGACACAAGCGUUAAAUUGCCCUACAGAUUGCUUUCUUGCAUCAUACGGUACAGUGUAUUUGUACAGUUUCUUUCAUCAUGGACAAAUUAGGUUGUCCAUAAACUGAAAUUCGAUUUUGUAACAACUAUUGUCUGCUUGAUCAGAUAUAGUAAGAUGUUCACCGGCAACCUCCUUUGUUGCUUUGCUUCCAAGGUGUCUCUUCUUAUGUUAAACUUGGUAGGAGAAAAUAUUGUUGAAGCUUUUGUUUUUAGGCUUGUUUAUCAUAUU